AUGUUGGAGGCGAAGCUGGAGCCCCCCGUAAUCAGCUAUAUCGCUGGAGUCAGAGCCUGCGAGGUCAGCGAAUUAUGGACCAAAGCCCUGGACCUGCUCGACUCGAUGCUGGGAGCCCGUGUGGACCCUGCUGCUGCCGACAGCCCACGCGAAGGCCGGUACGUGCACGACUUCGAAGCAGGUGGUCCCAAGGACGUCUUCAAGCAUAUCGUUCUCGUGGCUCUUCUGCAGCAGAUGGCGGCGGAGGACGCAGAUCCCUUCACUUUUAUCGACAUGCACGCCGCUUCCGGUGUCUACGACCUCAGCUCCGAGGAGACGCUCCGAUACCGGAUGUUUGAAAGGGGCGUGCUUCGGCUGUCACACGCAGCUGCCCGCAGCGGCGAGGGUCUGGUUGCAGACUACCUGGCCACGGUGCGGAGGUGCAACCAGGUUUUGGGCUCCUCCUCGCGCGCCCUGACCCUCUACCCGGGCUCGCCUGCGCUGGCGUGGCAGUGGCUGAGGCCACAGGACACCAUCGUUCUGUUCGAGGCCGCCGCCGAGCCUUACGAGGCCCUGAGGCGGAGCUUCUCCUUGCUGGAUCGAGGGGUCGGUCGCCGCCUCUCGCUGCUCCACGACGACUCCUACCUGCGGCUCACCUCUGGGCCCUGGCCCUGGCCCAGCGGGCGGCAGCUGGUGCUCCUGGACCCGCCCUACGACUCCGUGCAGUCCCAACACACGUGGAACGUGUUCGCCCUCAGGCGCCUGCUCCAGAAGUCUCCCUCCAGCUGCGUUGCCAUGUGGUACCCGCUGGUGGACCAGGAGAGGGUCGCGGGUCUGCACAGCCGUGUCCAGAGCCUCGGCGCGGGCAGCGUGCUCGUGGCCGAGGUGUGGCUCGGCGGUUCGUGGCCGCGUGGAGGUGCCCUGCAGGGGUCGGGGAUGCUGGUCGUGAACCCGCCCCCUGCGCUUCACGCACAACUCCUCGCGGCACUGCCUGAGCUCCGGGAGUCGCUACGGGCCACAGGAUCCCGGGUCCUGUGGCUAUGA